AUGCAUGGUUCACCGAAGAAAAAAAAAAAGAGCAAAAAAAGCCACAAGAAAAAAAACGUCCGAGAGGAAAAGGAUGCGUUGCAAGAAGUCGACCGGACCAUGUACAACAUACAGAUCGCCGACUUGACCGAAAAACUUGCCAGGUAUGUGUGUGUGUAUGCAUUGUUUUUAAUUAGUCGUUGAAUAUUUCAAGCUGUUACAUUUUUGGCAAUGAUAUUAUUAUCAGUAAUCUCAGCCAUUUUUAAAUUAUCAAAGUUUGUGAAAAAUUCGUAAAAUAUGCAGCUUAGAAAAAAAACAAAUCUUUAAAAAUGUCUGCAAAAACCAUCGAAAUAUUAUGCAAAAAUAUCUAAGUGUUCGUACAAAUUAAACUAAUGACUUAUUGUUAAUAAAAUAAUAAAUCAAAAUUAUACUAAAUUAUUAAAAUGGCUAAUACUCGUAAAUAAAUAUAUAAAUAAAAAAGGUGCACAUAAAAAUAAAAUAAAUAAAUAAAUGAAUGUGUCGCCUGGAGUAUUAUGAUAAGUUUUGUUUCGUGAAUAGGAAGACUAAAAAUUUGUUUAAAAACAAUAAAUAUCAUAAAUAAAAGAAGAGUUUAGGAUUUUAGGUACCAGGAGUGCAUGUGGUAUGUUACCGAUUAGCUCCGCGCUAUACGUUUAGAGUAUUGCAGCGCAACGGUCUAUGGAGACGGCGGCGGCAGUAUCAUGAUGGUCGGGUGAGUAGCAAAGGUAUAAGUAUAUUAUACGACAGGUUUCGAAUUAAAAAUUCAUUAUCAGGUAUAAUAUACCUGAUAAUGAAUGUGAUAUACCUGGUAUAUCACAGUUAAAAUGUAAAACGCGACUUAAAUUUUGAUUUUAAUAUACCUGAUGAAUUUAACUGAUGAAUUCGAAACCGGUCGUAUAAUACACUUAUCAUAGUACUCCAGGUGACACAUUCAUUAAUUAUUAACUGUAUUUUUAUGUAUACAUUUUUUACAUACAUAAAUAUUUAUGAAUAUAUUAUAUUUAUAAAAUAUUAUUAAAUAUAUAUUAUAUAUGAAUUAAUUUCCCAUAUUGACUUAUUUUUAUAAUUAAUUUUAAAUGACGUAUUUUAGAGUGAACAAUAGAUACGCUGAGUUGGAGAAAAACAACGAAUUGGAAAGAGAGAAUGCUAAUUCGUUGAAAGAAAGUCAAUGUGACAUUAUUGCUUACUUAUCCCGGCAGGUGGAAAAGAAAAACAACGAAAUUAUCGAUUUAGACAAUACAAUUUCCACGUUAAAAACGGUAUGCUGACCUGACGGUAUUUUUACACUUAUAUAAGUAGUAGCGGGAAAACAGGGGGAUAUAUAGGAAGUAUAAAUACUCACCUCAACUCCCCCAAAUGAUUUUUUCUCCUUUUCAUGUUUAUAUUAUACAUUUAUUGUAUUAACUAAUUGACAAUCUUAUCAGUGUUUCAUAAUUCAUUAAAUAUUUAACUUGUGUUAUUAAUGGCGGGAAAAAACGUUUUUAAUAAAAUUAAUAUUAUUUCAAAAAAGACGGAUAUACUUAGUACGUAGGUGCAGUCACUAUUGUAGAUGAGAAUUUAGGAAGGUAGUAGAGGGGAAAUAUAAUUUACAUAUAUCUGUAAGCAACAAUAAACCACUGCUAACGAAAAAACGAUUCUAAACGGAGUUUAGUUGAUAGUAUUGGUUUGUAAACAAUAUAAUAUAUACCAUAUUAUGGUAUAAUUUCCUAGGCAUUACUUUCUUUAAUAAUUUUUAUUUAAUAUUGUACCUAUUUUACCGUUUUUCCUAUAGUUCUCCCGUGUUUCUUCCCGGAUUUUCUCAUGUUUUUGGAAUAACUUCUGGGAAAAUUGAAAAAUAACUUUUUUGACGUACAUCCUCGGUUUAAUUUCCUUUCAGAAAAGUUGCUACACUUAAAAAUCGAAGCAAGAUUUCUGCUUGAAAAGUUGCACAUAGAUGAUAAAAAAAUAAACAUCUUUGUAAAACCAUAAGCUUCUUUGCUCCACUCAGAAUCUAAAACAACCCUCUAAUGAAGAUUCCCUUGUAAUAUUGUUUUCAACAACAUUUAUAAUUUUGUUUUGUCUUUAAUGUCUAAAACCGAUUUUAAAGGCUCUUUCAUUUGUUUUACAUAAACACAUUUUUGCUACAUUGUCCAUUAAGAAGACAGAUGGUAAAUGUCAUUAUGUUGUCUCCGCCUUUCAAACGUACGACAUAACAAAUCUUGCGUUCAGCAAAGACAACAUUGUACUCUUAGGUUUAAUAUUACAGUGAAUAAUUUGUUAAUGAAGUACGGGUAUGUGAAAUAAAAUUGCUCGAAUCUUCUUUAAAAAAAAAUUAAAUAUUCGAACAUGGUUGGACUAUAUGAUUGGUUGCACACAUCUUGUUUUAUCUUAAACUUUGAUAAUAGGUAAAUUCACUCUUAUAUUAAAAUUAUCAGCACAAAGUUGUCCUGCUGAACGUCAAUUUGCUAUAUGACAACAUAACAAAUUGUAAGAAGUUUGUAAGACGGAAGCCGCGCAUGCGAAAAAGAUUAAAAACAUAUUUUUGAAACACUACGGAGAAAGGUAGACUGAAUGGUUUAAUAAUUAUUUAUAUAGGUACACAUUACACAAUGAUAUAAUGAUAGAUUCUGAUGAUUUAUGAAUAAAUUAGUAAUUGAAAAAUAAAAAUUAUUAAAAUAUUUGUUUUAAAUACAAAGUAGCAAAGUUUAAAAAAAAAGCUAAUCUAGGGUCGGGUGUGCCACUGUUGUAGAUAAGAAGUUAGGAAGGCAGGAUACAUAAAGUUAUUUAAUUUAUACAUGGAAGCAGUAACAGUAAACCAUUGCUAAUGAAAAAUGAUUCUGAGCGAAUUUAGGUUAUAUAUGUUUUGAAAAACCAUAAUAUUUAAUUUUUGUCAAAAAUCAAUAUUACAACUUUAACUAAACUUUAUUUUUUUGACCACUAAUACAACGUAUAAUGGAUCUUCUGUUAAAUUUUCAUGAAUUUCUGUUUGGAUGAACAAUUUUAUCCACAGAAUACUUAUCAAAUAAAAAUUACGUAAAAAAACUCGCAAAAUUGAAAUAAUAUAAGCAUUAUUUUCGUAAAUUUUCCCUUUUUUUCUACGUUUAUUUUUCAGUUUUGCUCCUUUAUUAAAGAAAACUACAGAUAAAAUCAAAAAACGACUAACUUUGAGAACAAUUAGAUCCAAAUUCAACAAGUAAGGUCUCUUAAGUAAGAUAUUUUUUGAUUAAAGCAGUAUUUUUAGCAGAAAAUAUAAUUAAAAAAAAUUAAAACAAUGAAAUCGAUAACGCAACGGGACUGUUUUACAAUAAUAUUGUUUCCAGUUUUUUUCAGAUCUUUUGCAAACUUUUGUAAAAUGAUUUUUCACCAACUAAAUAAAAUUUCCUUUCAAAAAAGAUGUUAUACUUGAUACAUCGGAACAAGUUUUCUUUUCGUAAAGUUAUUUACAAGCCUUAAAAAAACACAUACAUCAUAGUUAAACAAACAGAUCCUCGCUUCGCUCCGAAUCUAAUAUGUUUUAUGGACUUAUACUGUAUAAUUGACGUGGUGAACUCAAAUAUUUCCAGAGGCGAGUAUUUUUUUCCAAUAUCCACCUGUCUACCGACGAACCUAUCAUUCAUCUAUUGGCUAUAUAAUUACUAUACAUUUAACUAUGGAUUUUUAUCACUUUCUUAAAAAUGGUAGGCAUAUACGUAGACCCCUUAUAAAAAUUUAGAGGUGGCUACCUCUCGAUUACCCCCUUUGUGCCUAUCCCUAUUUGCCGAGUAUAUCUACUGUAUAGACCUACCCGCUCCUCCGCCACUUUGAUAAAUCCUAGUUACGUCCCCUAUACUUUAUUUAGUUUUAGAUACACAUUUAAUAGUUAAUCAUUAUUAUAUUAUGUAUAGUUAUUAUUGUUAUUUUCAUAUAGACUAUCGAACACCAAAAAAUGAACUAUGAAGAAAUUAUAACGAAAAAAAAUGCACAGUUCGAAACGGUUUUCGGACAGUUGAAAGCAGAAAUCGGAUUGUUAAGUAUGUAUAUUAUACAUCGAGUGUAACCCUACUACUGUGCGGUACGAUUAAAUUGAAUAAAUCUAUUCUUUCUACAAAAUUAUGCUUUACAUUUCGCUAAACAUUUUAACUUUCAAUUUUGUAGCAAAAAUGAUUUUAGAAUAAUAUAAAAUUGCAUACUUUUUAUUUAUACUUUAUACUUUGAUAAUAAAUAUUAAUUAAAAAGUGUUUAAAAGAGAUGUAAUGUAGAGAAAAAAAUUAAAUAGUUCUUAAUAAUAAUAUUACUUAUUUAAAAUGAAAUAAAAUAGGGAGGUAACCUUACUUAGUCUAACAAUAAAGGUUACAUUCCACUGAACGUACCGGAACGGCGCUCCGGUUUGUAAUAUUAGAUUUUACAUCUGUUCCGGUUGGUUAAAAUUAGAAUUUUAAAGUUCCGGUUCGUAAAAAUAUUAAGGUAAUAUUGAAAAAAUGAAUACGAUUGUCAUUCGGUGAGGAAUUACAAUGAAUAAUAACAAUAUUUAUAAUAAAUUAAUCAAAUAUUCUUUUGACAAAUAAUCUAUAAUAAUAAAACAAUAUCGUAUUUUAAAAAUACAGCACUUUUAUUAUAUCGAAAUAAUACGUUAUACGUAAUUAAUCAUUAUUAUUGUUGGUGCAUCCAAAUUAGGUACCACGUUCAAAAAUCUAUACUAGUUGGGUCCCGGGUUUAUGCAAAAAGUUUACUAGUUGUUUAUUACCGUAAUAUUAAUAUUAAUUAAUCUAAUAGUUUAGAGAUUUAGAAAAAUAUAACACAAUAUAUCCAUUUUAAUAUCUACCAGUUGAUAGAAUUUUCAAAAAGUGCCCGAAUAAAUACUUACAUUUAAAUGAGAAAUUCAGAAAAAAACAAACAAAAUUGUAUUUAACAAAAAGAAAAAUGCAUAAAAUAUUUAAAAACAGAAAAAAAUCAACUGGCACCUAUAGAUCCUAAAUCUGUAAAAAUAAGAUGGAAAAUGUUUUAUAUUUCUUUUAAACAUUCAGAUCCAACCAGUAUAGAAAGCAUUCAAAAUUCAUUGGAACUCAACUAGUAUACUACUUAUUAAAAUCGCUAGGGUCCGGAAUCUAACUCGGAUGCAGCCAUUAUUGUAGGUACCUAUCUCCACAACUCAAUUUUAAUAUUUCUGAACUUUCUGUAUCUAAUAAUUGUGUGUAUCACUAAAACUGGUUUACAAGCAAAAUAUGGUAUAUAAGUUAUACAUGUCAUAUGGCAUAAGUUUGUAAACGUUCCAGUUCGUAUAAUUCUCCAUUUCGAAUACUGACCGUAGGCCGCGUAGACCGUGUGGGCCGAUAUUUUACCAAGUUAUCACAAUAUGUGAUUAACUAACCAAAUUGGACCCUUGAUAUAAAAACAAAUAUAGGUUGGCGGAUUACUGAUUAAUUAGAAAUAUGAAAUCCGAAAAUAAUAGGUAUAUUUUUAUUGAAUAUUCAGUAGUCACUAUUUAGUAGCUAUGUCCAAACGAAAAUAUGAUAUGGAUAUAUGGGAAAUGUAUCAUGAUCAAUUCAAAUUACAUAAAGAAAAAAUUAUUAGUAUAUAUAUAUGUGUAACCCACACGGUCUACACAACACCCGGUGUCAGUAGAAUGCCGCUUUAAGUAAUUUUUAACUAUAAUACAUUAGAAAUGAAUAGAGGUAGAUAGACGCAACUAGAUAUUUAAACGAGAGGAUGCUUAAGCUCCAGGUUUUUUUGUAACUUAGUGAGACCUUUUUUUUUAUCUGAAGUAAUUACCAGUGGGACCUACAUCUUACAACAUUAUUUGCCUGUAUGUAAACGCAACAACUAAAAAUAUAUGCAAUAAUAUGUAAUAUAUUUUAUUCAAAUUAUUUAUUACAAUAAUAAAUAUUUAAAUCCAUACGUCGGUUUUCCUUUCUUCCGAGUAUUCGUCUAAUAUAAUAUCAAGGUCAAUAUUGUCAACAAUAUCUCUCUCGAUAUGCAGUAAGGAAAUGUACUGAAACGCUCUUGUGGCAUAGAUGUUCUAGUCCAGUUUUUAAUAUGACGCAUGACAGAAAAAUCGUUCAAAUGAUACAGAACUGAUAGGUAAUACCAGGGCUACUUUAAGUAAAGAAUGAAUAUUAGGUUACACUUCUUUUGAAUUUAUUAUUUUUAAUACUUCUAAACCAAAAUUUGGUUCUAACUGUAUGCCACAGUUGCGUGCUACAGUUAUUUUACAAUGUAAUGUUUCUUUAUCAAUAGAAAAUAAUGCCUAAUAAAAUAAACUAAUAAUUACAAUUAUAGAUGUAUUAAACAAUUAUUAUACUGCAUUUAUAUUUUAUAUGUAUUUAUUAAAAUUUACUUACUUGGUAAUGAUCAACAAACAGCAUGUUUUUGUCCAUAUUUUAUUUAAUGAAAACAAAAUAAUCGUACGAUAAUAUGUUAAAACAAUUUAAUAAAUUUAUGUUAUUAAUCAAAAAUCGAGUUAUUUCUUGUUUUACUCUUAUUACACUUAAUUUAUUUAAUUUUUAUUUACUUAAAGUACAAGUUUCUUUGGAUCCAAAUUAUUAAUGUCACCCAAAUCAUCAAAUUGUACAUUCAAAUUUAAAAUAUCCUUUUUUGGUUGAAUGGUUUCAUCAUCAUUAUGUUCAUGUCGUUCGUGGUUAUAUAUUUUCUUUGCUCUUAAUUCAUCACUAUGAGUCUCACAAGCCUUGUCAAAAUUAUGUUUUCGUGUUGAUGUAUUUUAUUUUGUUUUCAAUAUUAAAAAUUUGAAACGUACUUAAAAUUCAGUAAAUAUUAAUUAUAAAUAUUAUAAAAAAGUAUAAAACUAGGUUAGUUUAAAAUAAAUUUAAAAAAAAUGCACAGCAUUAAUAAACAAUAUUGACAAUGAAAUAUGUCAAUAAUAUCUUAUUAACUAACAACGUCUAAUGAUCUAACACACCGCCCCGUCAUAAUUAAAUUUAACAUUAUAAAUAAUAAAAUGGUAUACUAUAAAAAUUGCUAGUGUUAUUGUAAUUCGAUAAAUGAUCAAGUUUUCAUUAAACAAUUUUAAACGAUAUUUUAGGGGGUGCUAAGGACCCAAAGCACCCUCUCCCUAGUUACACAAAUGUAGAGGUAAAGAAUUAAUAGAGGUAUAAAGAUUUAUAUAUUUAUAUCUUUAUAACGUUCAUACUAAAUAUAAUUUGUAUUUUAGACAGCAAAGUAAAUUCAUUAAACGAAUUUAAAAAACAAAGAACUCAAUUGACGGAUAAAUUUCUGAAACAAGAAAAAGAAUUGUCUAAAACAAAAGAAGAAAAGGAUAACUUAUUAUAUGAAGCCGAAAAGAAACUUAUUAUUGCCAAAGAACAGUGAGUAUAAAUAUAUUAUAGGUACUUAGCUAAAAACCUAACCGUCCAAACCAAUCAGUACAACAACAUUAUUACAGUAUGAAACGUCAAAACGAAACAAAACUUUUGCAAUUAUCGACGACGAUCCAAAAUAACCUACAAAAGUUGAUGUCGUCGUCGUUCCAGCGGACUUUACAGGAAAACGUUGUCAUCAAGGCAGAGGUAAAUGUGUUAUCGAAUUCCAUUUAUCGAGGAUAAAUGAAUUGACAUUAAUAAUUCAAUAUAACGUCAACGUUUGUCUUAGCUGGAAAGAUGUACCGAAAAUUGGUUGAAAAUGGACAAAAAGUGCACGUUAUUGAAAGCGGAUAAGUUAGAUUUUAAAAUCGAAAACAAAAUGUACAUGACAGAGAACAGUCGUCUGAACAAAAUAAUUAUUGCUCAAAAACAGGUGAGUGACUGCAAAUUUCGAUAUUAAUACUGAUGGGCACAAGGUAAAACCGAAUAGUUACUAUCGAAUUAUGCGAUAAUUAAUAGCAUUAAAGAUCGAUCUGUUCAAAUAGUUUUUAAUUUUUUAUCUGGGAAAAACUAUUUAAAAAUUAUAUAAUAUAUAUUGCAUAAUAUUGCCAAUAUGCAUAAUAUCAUUGAUUAUUGACUAUGACAAGAGACUUUUAUUUACAUUUUGGAUAAUUUUUUUUUUUUAGACUGUAAACUAUUCUUUUCUUAGAAAACUUACUCCAAUGUAUAAGUGCAGCACCUUUUCUGAAAGGUAAUUUGAUCUAAUUGGUAAUUACAGAAGUAAUUUUUUGAUUUUUAAAGUGGUAUAAAAAUAAAAGUGAUUAAUCGGAAAAAAAAUUCAGGAUUUUUCACAAUUUCGUUAUUUUAAAUAAGUACCUACCACGUUUUUUUAGCACAAAUAUGACUCCAAUUUAAAAAAAACAAAAGACAUUUCUUGUUGCAUUUUAAAUCUAGUUUUCUAUGGUGCAUGUUGUUUUUUUUUUACUAAAUAAGUCUAAUAUAAUAUUAAAUAAAAUAAAUAGUACAUAAUUAAUUAAAACACAGAAAGUAUGACUAAAGAAUAUAAUAUUAUAUUUGACUUACAUUUGCUUUCUGCUUCUUUAAAAUACAAACCAUAAAGUAUUUAAUUUUUGUUUUUCAAUAUUUCAUCAUCAAUUAGGUGACUGGUUCAGCCAGAAUUCUACCUCAUUUUGUAUACAACGCAAAUAUACGAAAUAAAAAAAUAUUUGUACACGUGAUUCAACAAACGUUAUACGUUAAAGUAAAGUAUUGGAAAACAAAAACGUUUACAGAGAGACGAAAAAACACAAAGGGUUCUUAAAAAAUCGGUUAGCCAAUCUAUAAUAUAAGACUAACUUAGGUUGAUGACGUAGGGAUCUCUCUAACUAAUGAGAUUUCUAAUAACGUUAUACUUCUCGCACGUUUAAUCAUUGUCAAUUUGGUCGACGGGGAAUCCUAUUACGAAUAAUAAUAACCGUAUAAACGUGUUGUCGUUUCUAUACUCAUAUACCUGUAAAACGAUACAGUUUUCCCAGAGUCGUAUUUACCAUUUUGGCGCCCUAGGUACUCAAAUUUUGACGCCCAAGUUUUAUUUCCAUUUAACAACAUGGGCAUAAUUACAAGACGCUAGGUGACGUAGUUUCUCACAGUACCCUCCAAUAUUUAAUUAAAUAUUAAUGAAUACCUACAUUUCAUAUAUUUUCCCGUUUUUUCCUGUUUUUUUCAUUUGUUGAUAAAAAUCCUAUAUAAAGUACCUUCCUAGUCAGAUUUCCUUGCAAAAAAAGUGCUAUCAUAGAAAAAAAUUUAGAAAAAAAAAUUGCUGUUAGAAAAGUUACUCACAGAAAAAAAAAACAUAAUAUUUUACUAAUAUAUUUCGUACGUUUUCCCGUCUUUCCCCCGCAUUUUUGAUUUUUCACAUUUGAUGAAAAAACUCCUGAGAAAAAACAAAACCGACCUCUUUAAGUAUUACACCGAUUUCCUUUCCGAAAAUGUUCUACACUUAAAAACCAGAGAAAGAUUUUUGAUACAAAAGUUGCGCAUAGAUAAGAAAAGAGCGAUGAAUGUAUUGGUUUUACAAUGAUGUCUAUUUUUUUUUUCUAUGAACAAAUUUUUUAUCAGCAAUUUUACUCCGAUUUAAAAUAAUAGCACUUUUUCUGAAAGAAAAUCUAACUGGGAUGGUAUUUUAAGGAGGUCAUUUUUUGAUUUUCUUAGGGUUUUUUUCAUCGAAUGUGAAAAACCAAAAAAAAAGGAAAAUGUACGAAAUAUAUUAGUAAAAUAUUACGAUUUUUGUUUUCUGUAAUAACUUUCCUACCAGUAAUUUUGCUCCGAAUUACAAAGAUUGAACAUUUUCUAAAAUUAGUAAAAGUAUUUUAAAAAGCUAAUAGAAACAUGAUCAAUGCCUAUUAUACCAUAUCAAAUACUGAGCGUAUAGUGGCUAUUAUGAUUUAAUAAUAGAGCCAGAUAAAGUAUACAUUUUUAUAACAUGUAUAUAAAAAUUUGUGCAUGUAAAAUGUAAAUUUAAGAUAUAAAUAUUAAAUACCUUCAAAAUUUGAAACAUAAGAAAUGGCAAGUUCACAAAACAUUAGAAAUUUUAAUUUUAAUUGUUUACAAUUGUACAGCCAUAUGUAAUACUAAAAAAUAUAAAUUACUUUAUAAUCAUACAAUGUAUAUACCUAAUUAACAGGUCAAUAAUAAAACAACCUAUAAUUUUAAUAAAUACACUUUUUAAAUAGAUUAUUUUUUUGAAUUAUAACUUAACAGUAUCAAUAGCUCACAAUUUCACAGCCUUAUGUAAUAUAAAAAAAUAAAUUACCUUUAUAAACAUACCAUGUAAGUAUGUUUUUAUAAGGAUUUUAAUAUUAAAUUUUGACAAAAAUUGUAAAUACAGUACUGUACAACAGUCUUUCAAAACAUGUAUAAGUAACCAAACUUCACUGCGAAUCAUUUUUCAUGAGUUAUGGUUGAUCGUUGUUUGCAGAGAUAAAUUAAAUUACUUAAUGUAUCCCACCUUCCCAACUUUCUUCAUACUAUAGCACCCGUCAACAGUAUCAGCUUUUUUUUUUUUGCAGUUGAUGAACGCGAUGAAAGCCAAAAAGUUGGGUCUUGGUCUCCAGGUACAAGACCUGUCGUCCAAGAACGAAAAGUAUCGACGAAUCGUACACAGCGCUAGUUGGACGAAUGUGGCAAUGACCAAGCUAAAGCGAAAGUUAAAGGCGAAAAACCGGAGAAUACGCGUGUUAACGAAAAAUUUGACGGUUCUGAAAACAGAACUGGAAACGCUCUGCCUGCACAUUUACAAAAUGGACUCGAUGCUUGUGACGACUACAACGUCAAUGGAACGAGUUUUGAAAGUAAGUAUCUAGGUACCUGCAUAAACAUGACAAAUGGCCCAAUCAAACUAGAACUUCAGCUAGGAAAAAGCACUAUUGACUUGAAUUUUGGUAUACACUUUUAAAACAUCGUUAUAAACAAUGAGUGAAAAACCCCAGUCGAGAUCAUAUAGGUACGUAUAUCAUAUAUUAUGUACAAGAUAUUAAGAUAUAGGUAUUAUACUCGCAAUUUUGUAAAGAGAACAUUAAAAUUAGUAUAGAUACCACAAAAACAGUGUUACUAUAUACUAGUAUAUACUAAAAAAAAAAAAAUAGUUAACCCAACUUUUUUUCGUAGACAAAUAAAAAACGAGAUAUUAACAGAAAAGGCAUUUUUAUGUUCUUUGACCUCGAAUAACCUUUGAAGCAUACAUGAUCUCGAUUGAGACUUUUCACACAUUAUUUAUAACGACGUUGCAAAGUACACCUGAAUGAUACUUUCACCGAGCUGAAGGUUAUUUUUCGUUUAAUUUGACUGGUCUAAAAAACCAACAACAAUAACACAUAUAAUUGGUUACCUACCUCCAGUUUACAUUUAAUUAUGUCUUUCAUCAUACGUUACAAUGAAGUCAUUAAUUUAAGGGAGCAGAUAAAUUCAUAUUUUAGUUAACUAACUUAAUUUUUCUUAUACAGUUGAACGAGACCGACCAGGCAAUAAAUAAAUAUAAGGGCAACGUCUACUACACGUUCGUAGCAAAUUUGUAUAAACUUUUUAUCGCCACCAAGUUGAGAAAGGUCGAAAUACAAGAAUUUGAUUCGUAAGUAUAUAUUUGUAUUCAUUAAUAUUUUUAGUGUCCGUUAAGCCCGUUUAGAUCAGUAGUUCCCAACGAAAUGGUCCGUGACACAUUGUGUCUACGAGGUCGUAUCUACAAAAUUUAAAAAAGUAUUUAACCUAAAUCAAUAGUGAUUAUUGAAGUUUAUUACGUCGCUUAUUUAUAAAUUUAUACAUAAUAUUAUCUGUUUAAUACAAAAAAAGUACAGGGUUAAGUAGAAAAAACAUAAAAAGAAAAUGUCAUUAUUAACAAAUCGUGGUGAUCCACUGCCUAUCGAAAGUUCUCCAAGUAGUCUAUAUUGUCAAAAAGGUUGAGAAUCACUGGUUUAGGUAUAUUAAAUUAGAUAACAAAUGUUUUUCACCAUAAAAAAUAAACUUAUUAACAAGUUAUUACAUGUUUAAGAUACAUGUUUGGAGAUUUCACAUACUUUAUUUUACCAUGUUUCAGUAUUGAAGGCGUAAAAGUUUCUCUAUUGAACAUCAAGAAAAAACCCAAAUUGACAAGGUCAGUUUUCAAAUUUCAGCGAAGUCGGUUAAAAAUGAAACACUUGAAAUCAUAA